AGUCCAUCACAACUCCUCUGCUCUGCACCAGAAUGGCUCCCAGCACCACCAGAGACUGUCCCGUCUCCACGCUGUCCCUCAGAGACUGUCCCGACUCCACGCUGUCGCCCAGAGACUGUCCCGUCUCCACGCUGUCACCCAGAGACUGUCCCGACUCCACACUGUCGCCCAGAGACUGUCCCGUCUCCACGCUGUCACCCAGAGACUGUCCCGACUCCACACUGUCGCCCAGAGACUGUCCCGACUCCACGCUGUCCUCCAGAGACUGUCCCGUCUCCACGCUGUCCUCCAGAGACUGUCCCGUCUCCACGCUGUCCUCCAGAGACAGACACAAACUGAGGAAGCCUGCGGUGGAGAAGAUGCGCAGAGAUCGCAUCAACAGCUGCAUCGAGCAGCUGAAGGUGAUGCUGGAGAAGGAGUUCCACAAACAGGAUCCCAACGCCAAGCUGGAGAAGGCCGACGUCCUGGAGAUGACCGUGGCCUUCCUGAAGCAGCAGCUGCAGCCUCCGAGCCCGGCCAAUCACACGGCUCACAGCCACGGCUCCUCUCACUGCUGGAAGGAGACGCUGCACUUCCUGUCCACCAGUUCCCUGCAGGAAGCAAUGCUGCCACAGCGGACGCCGCCACAGCGGCCACCGCAGUGCCUCUACACCAGCCACCACAGCCCCACGCUGCCGGCCCACAGACACGUCCAGGCUGCAGGGAAGCAGCCGGCCGUGUGGAGACCCUGGUAGAUCUGUCCUCCAUGACAACACACCAUGUGAGUCACUCGUGCAGAACAGCUGGCAUCUUUGACAGCUAG